UUUGAUGAAAAGUGUGUCGAGCACCGGCGGGUGACAUGUGGGCCUCUAACAACGCCGAAGUGAGCCCUGAAAGUCAGUCAUUACUGCGCGCCUUCAACGAUGACACACACGCUGGCAAAGUUUACCUGGCGGGGAGCGAGUAUUUUGGGGAAGACGGACAGACAUUUAAAUUGCGUCUCGUUGGGAAAAUAAAGCAGCAGUUAAGGAGCGAUCCCACCUUGCGUCCAGAGGCUCAAUGUCUGUUUGCUCAAGCAGAGUUCUGCAGGCGAGCUACAGAAGCAGCUUUGGGCCGCAACUCCAAGGCUGUUUUGGAGAACAGGGUGUUAAGUGUGCAUACUCCUGAUUUUUCCGGUGCUGUUCGUCUGGGUGCGGAACUUUUGAGACACUGGUUUGAUGUCGGCAACGCUUGGGAUGGACCAGUCUACCUGCCUUCUCCUUGUAAUGAGUCGCUGGCUUCUAACUUGCGAGCUGCAGGCCUUCACCACAUCCAUCACUAUUAUUACUGGGAUGAUGAGCGGCGAGGUGUUUGUUUGGAGAAGCUUCUCGCGGAUCUACAAGAGGCUCCUGAGCGAAGUGUUGUUAUUUUGCCAGCUGGUGGACACCACCCCACCGGAGCAGCCCUCUCUCACAAUCAAUGGGUCAUCAUUGCACAGUUAAUCUUGAGGCGUGGGCUGCACCCCUUCAUCUUGCUGCCAACACAGGCUCUUUGCUUUGGAGAUUUAGAACAGGAUGCGUGGCCUGUGUGGCACUUUGCAGCACAGGGCAUGGAGCUGAUGUGCGCUCAGUCCUUCUCACACUGCUUUGGGCUCUAUGGUGAGGCUGUCGGUCACCUAUUGUGUGUGUUGAAGCACAAGUCUGUCCUGUCUGCUCUUCAGUCGCAAGCGGACAAAUUGUCCCAGUCUCUGUGGGGCCGGCUGUCUACAGGUGGAGCGCGUGUGGUCACCACCAUACUCAGUAACCCGGCUCAUCUUGUAGAAUGGCAGGGAGAAGUCAAUCACAUGGUGAAAAGAAGCAUGCUCAUCAGACUACUCUUGAGAGAAAAACUCCGACUUCUGGGCUCUCCAGGCUGGGACCAUGUGACCAAACUAAGUGGACUCUACUGUUGCCUGGGCCUGAAUGGCCAUCACGUGGAUUUUCUGUCAAACAGCAGGCAUGUUUACGUGCUCCCCGGCGGUUGUAUAAAUGUGAGCGCAAUCAACGGCCGUAACUUGGAUUACAUCGCAGAGUCCAUCCACGCGGCGAGCACUUCACUCUGACUGAGCAGCUGCCUUUUGGCCGGUGUCAGCGAGGCUCCACUGAUUGGACCUUUCACUUAGAAGGGCACCAUGUUGGCUCGACUGUUGCUGACUAAAGAGAAGUCCAGCUUAUGUCUUCUUUGCAGUUUACAUCCAAGUUUUCCAGUGCAGUCAAAUCUCUCUCGUGAGUCACCUUUUUCCUCAUUGGAAAUAAGAGAAAUACGAGCUUCAGAGGAAUCUUUCAAGUACCAGUAAAAUUGGAAAAACAAGUUGCCUCUAUAAUGAACUUUUUCUUAAUUAUAUAUAUCUCAUUUAAAACACCAAAAAACUUCCAAAGCUUGCAAGUAAAUAGAUGAUCAAAAUAGUAUCAAUCUCUCAGAGAUCCCCGAGCCAUUUUGAGAGAUAAUGAGCGAGCCAGUCACGUGGUUGUGAUGUAGCAGGAGGAACCACUGAUCCCUUCCCCAUCAACAAUGAUGCUACACUGCAAAAAGUCAGUGUUCAAAAACAAGAAAAAAAAUACAAAAAUUAGGGGUGUUUUACUUGAACUAAGCAAAAUUAUCUGCCAAUAGAACAAGAACAUUUGGUUUGUCAAGACUUUCCAAAACAAGUAAAAUUAGCUAACCUCAAUGGACCCAAAAAUACCUUAAAAUAAGUAUAUUCUCACUAAUAAUAAAAAAUAAUAAAAAAUCUUAAAUUAAGUAAAUGC